AUGGCUUCGCGACGAGUUCCUCUCUCGAACAACCCUAAUGUCGCCAACUCGCCGCUUCGUGGAGCUUCCGCUCUAGCUGCCUACGCAAAGCAGAAACGCUCCCACGCCACGAUUCAACGUGAAGAACCUUAUGGCCAAGCUCCCCCUGCCAAGAAGCAGGCUCUUGAUAAUGGCUCUGCACGCGUUAUCCGCUCUCCCUCGAAGCUGCCACGCUCCCAGACCAUGUCCCGGGGCACUGCUGCCGCCAUCACGCGUCCCGUCGUCCGUGAUCGACAAGCUAGACCUGUUCCCACGUCCAAGCCUCAUGAUGCUGAAAAUGAAAAGGAAGUGUGGAAAAGACACCACCGUGCCAAGUUUCCCAAGAUGGUCUUUUACUUCGAAAGCAUACCGGAUGACGUUCGAGCAAAGCUCAUCAAGAGAGUCGCAUAUCUCGGCGCUCGCCAAGAGCCCUUCUUCUCGAUUGACGUAACGCACGUCGUUACCACGCGAUCGAUCCCCGUCGAAAAGUCCAACACGGAUGAAGCAGACGCUAUAGAUCACGGGCAAGGCGGCCAUGCUGAGGAGCAACCUCAGACCAUCAACCCUUCUCUGUUGCUGGAUAGACCCAGUGAUGCCCGCAGAAAGCUUCUCUUCGAAUUCCGCCAAGCACCUAUGCAAUCACAACAGCAAGAUGAUCUCAUCAGACGCAGCCGAGGUGUCCGCAAUAACGAUGUUUUGCACAAGGCUCGUGACAUGGGCAAGAAGAUCUGGUCGCUGGACAAGUUUCAGACUAUGCUCUCUGUACUGCUGGAAUCAGAACCACAGCAAGCUUCAUAUGGAUCACGCGUUGCCAGCGCCCGAAGCCAAUAUGGCGCCAACAAGGGAGCCCACGAGCCCAAUCUGCUGCAGCUGCUUCACAACGAACGCAUCCAUGGACCUUCGGACCGUGACCCCACAGCUAUGAACAGGGAGCUCGCUUUGUUCAAGGGUCCUUACAUUUACGUUUGGGACAUGGACGAAAAGCAAAAGCCCAUCAUGGUCCGUGAAUAUGCCAAGGUUGUCAACAAGACUGAUGGCGAUUGGCCUCAAUUCCGUAGUGUCGGUAACGGCCGCUGCCCUUUUGUUGAGGAGCUUGAUUUGCCUGAGCGAGACCACCGCAAGACCCGCGAGCGUGAAAAGGCUCGUGUUGUCAAGCGAGAGGAGCAAGUCACUAUUCUGCAGCCUCCGGAGAACCCUUUGCCCAAGCCAGUAACGGGAAAACGAUCCCUGGGCGAGAUGGAAGAUGGCCAUAACAGACUACGCGGCGCUUCCGCGACAGAAGUCUUCAAUCCUGCCAAGGCUGCUCUUGGAAAGCAAAGCGAGAUGCGUCCGCAAAAUGCAUUCAUUAGCCGUGCGGAUAUGGGACGCCAGUUUGCCGGCGAACCCGUCGCGUCAGGCCUGCAAGCCUCCAACAUCACAUCCGCAAUUCGCUCGCAGAUGAUUUCGUCAACUUCUGGAAUCAACGGAGCAAAGGCUGGCACGAGUAAGGAAGUUCACGGUCUGCAAAGAAAGGUGCUUCAGAAAGCUACUCCGGCCUCUCAUGACUUGAGCUCGCGGCGUGUGGGAGAAAUCUCUAUGGACGUCGCAUCUAGCAGAUCGACUACCAUGAGCCGACAGAACUCAAAGGUCGUGGCGACUGGAGAGGAUGACAGCCAAAGAGCUGCCGAGACUCGGGAAAGAAAACCCACGUCGCAGCUUAAGAGCAAGAAGGACCUUAAACCUGGUUACUGCGAGAACUGCCAGGACAAGUUCCGAGACUUUGAUGAGCACAUUUUGUCGCGCAAGCACCGCAAGUUUGCUGAAAACAACGACAAUUGGACCGAUCUGGAUGCUCUGCUGUCCCAGCUGGAGCGUCCGCCCCGAUUUGCAUCCAUGGAUUCUGAAGAAUACUAA